AUGGAGGGUGAUGGGUCGCAGCCCACCCAAGCUACCCAGAAUGUCCUUGAUCCGCGCCGCAUAGGCAAGCAGAACUCGGGCUUCUCCGACGAGGACAUAUCCGAUAUUGUCUGCCUCCUCUACCCUCAUACCAAGUCUGCCAGAGCCGAGGUAGCACGCAUAGCAAGUUGUCGCUCGCCUCAUGUCGUCGGCAGGGCGGAAGCGGAUGCCGUUGAGCCCGACUACGAGAGGGAGGACACGGCCGACCAAUUCCAGCUGACGCCGCCCAGCGUCGAACAUGCAAUCAUAUUGAGGUUGUCGGCCGAGACCAAGGAUCCCCUUCGCGGUUUCCUAUUUGGCAGGAACGGAGCCAGGUGCGACAUUUGCUUUCAGGAGGACCCUAUGAAGCGCCUGAGCAACGUUCACUUUCGCAUCUAUGUCAAUGAGUACGGCGUGGUCAUGCUCGAGGACAAAUCCACCAACGGGACCUUUGUCGACCAGGUGCUGCUGCGCUCGAAGCCUAAGAGCCCCAAUGAGAAGUGCGACAUGAAGAGAGUGCUCAGUCACGGUUCUAAGAUCAAGGUGCUGAUGCACAACGAGAAGCACGACCUCGAGUUCAUGGUUAGGAUGCCGAAGCGAGUCGGUGAUUAUGAGAGGGCCUACAACAUCAAGCUCCAGCGAUACUUUGCUAGAAUGGAAGUCUUGCGCGAGCCGGACGUCAACGAGACGUUGGUACCGGGUCCUGGUGGGCAUGUCGACUUGUUCUCUGCUCCUAGGAGACCGCCGACGGCCACUACACGGCGGAUAGCGCUGCCGUCCGGAACCACACAAGAUAACGUCGACCGCUUUCCGAGAGACUGGGACGGGUCCGGUAGGUACAAUCGUGUCAGCCAGAUCGGCAAGGGAGCCUUUGCGGUUGUGUACAAGGUCACGUCCAAGUUCGACGGAGUCCCAUACGCUGCCAAAGAAUUAGAGAAGCGGCGCUUCAUAAAAAACGGCGUCCUCGAUCAAAAGGUGGAGAAUGAGAUGAGAAUCAUGCAAAAGGUCCAGCACCCGAACAUUGUACGGUACAUAGAGCAUCUCGAUUGGGACAACCGGCUCUUUAUCAUCAUUAUGGAGUACGUCGGAGGUGGUGACUUGGGAAAACUCAUCAGCGGCCGAGGCUGUUUGGCUGAGACCAACGUCAAGCAAAUGGCAGCCCAGCUGCUGAGCGCUUUGGCGCAUCUGCACGAAAAUCACAUUACGCAUCGAGACGUCAAGCCUGACAAUAUCCUCAUUUCAUCACUUGACCCUUUUGAGGUGAAGCUGACCGACUUCGGCCUCUCCAAGAUGGUCGAUAACGAACAAACCUUCCUCCGAACAUUCUGCGGAACGCUGUUGUAUUGUGCGCCCGAGGUAUACUCGGAGUAUGCCGAGUACGAUGACGACGGCCGCCGACACCCUCGUAAUAGAGCUAAGCGCGCGGCGGUUGGACAGCGAUACGACCACGCUGUUGAUGUCUGGUCGCUCGGUGGCGUGCUCUUUUAUGCGUUGACAGGCCGCCCCCCGUACCCAGUUAAUAACGGUGUUAGUUACUCGGAGUUGCUGCACACCAUCAUGACGGUGCCCCUCAACACCAUGCCUUUGGUACGACAGAACAUUUCAAGGCAAGGCAUUGAGUUUCUAUGCUACAUGCUUGAGAAACGGCCAGAAUGCCGGGCGACUGUCCGCGACCUUCAGUCCCAUCCCUGGUUAGGGCCAUACAGGCUGAAAACUCUGACGAAUUACGACCAGUCCUUCGACGAAAUCACCGACGAGGAUGAAGAGCUGCAGGUCAAUGCGUCUCAACUCAGUCUAGAAGAAGGCCAGUCACGCUAUCUGCUGGAUACGGAAUUGCCACUGGAGGACGAGGUGGACGAUGAUAUUGUCAACGACUUCAUCGAGGAGGAUUCAGAAAAGGAGAACGGCGGCACAUUCGGCCCUCGCGGACAGGGUGCUGGUCCGAGACUGUUUGGAGAGGUAAACAUGUCUGCGGUCGGAAGCAAGGGGGCGAUACCGGCAGAGCGACUGAACCUGCCUGUGGCCGACUCGGGCGUUCUUGGCAACGAGAGUGUAGAGACGGAAAUACUGGACAGCUGCGAUUCUGGUGACGUUUCGACAAUUAUCGGCCAAAAGUCGGCCAGCAGCGGCGGAGUCCGAUUGUCCAUCUCGUCAGCCAAUGGCCAGUCCGCGGAUCAACUUCGAAGUCUGGUUGAAAACGUUGCGUCUCAGAGUCUAGGGGCGACUGAUUUCGGUAGCGAUAUCCAGAUGAAGUCCGCAGACGUUAGUCAAGUUAACGGCUCAUUCUUCACCGCCAGCAAAAGGAAGCCGCCAUCGUUCGAUACAAGCGACGAAUUCGAACCGCGGCCGCGGGAAAAGCCAACUUUCAAGCGCCUGAAGUCCGAGGGCAACCUCGACGCGUUGGCAGAAAAGCAAAUGGAGGAGUACAAUUUGCUCGCGUCAGUACCGCAGAUUAAGAGGUUGGAGUCUGGACGCCAGAUAGACGGACCAUUCAACAAGAUGAACUUUUGGAAGAACAAUGUCGAAUCAUGGCAUCUCCGCUACCCUGAGAUGACACAACUACAGUACGAAACGUUCAAAAAGGCAGCUCAAAGCCGGGGAGAGGAGUUUGGCCCGGGAAAGACUCCCUUGUGGGAGUUGGCUUUCAAGUACUUUCCGCCAAAUAAUGGUGUCCUCGCCACGCACACAGAAGAACAGUCGACCAUUGAUGACACGAAUCGAGCUUUACUAAAACGAGACGACAGGAAAGUCCUGGAGGGUACAGAAUGGGAUAUUCCUCCGACAGCACCGCCACUCGAAGAGGAAGAAGAAGAAGAUUCGCUACCAGACACACUUCCUCCAGAUACACAGAAGAUAAUAGUGCCUGUUUCUGACGAUGGACCGAAACGUGCCGUCGCCGUAUUGGAAUCAGCCCCUGGUUCGGUGGUCUCUGGCAUUUCGGUCCCCAUGACCAAUUCACUGCUGUCAUGGGGACGUGGACCGACUAAUACAGUGAUUUAUGAGCAGAAGACGGAGAUUCGGGUGCCUAAGUACGCUCUCAAAAUCCUGUUAUGGAAAGACGGUCACGAUCCCUCAAAGGACGUCACCAAGCAUCCUUGGGACAAGAGUCCCGAUGGCAAAGGAUUCGCCUUUUAUCUGUCCACAAAGGCAACAAACGGCGUCCUUCUCAAUGGAGUCCUGCUCCCUUCCCACGACUGCAAGAACCCAGCCGGCCCAUCCAAGAACUGGGUCCAGCUUUACGACGGCGACGAGAUUGUAGUCUGGGGUACUGCCGCAGACACAACGAGCCAGACCAAGGUCACUUUCCGCUGCUUCUACGGCGACUCUGCCCGUCGGCGACCCGAUGACUUGCUGCCCAAGCUCGUGUCCCCGUCGGCUGCACGUAGAGUGGACGAGGUCUGCGGGCGGUAUGAGAGGAAGCUCAAGACGUCGGCGGAGAAGAAUGCCAAGCUUGCCGAGGUCGACAGGGAGUUCGCGGAGCGCAAGCAGAAUAUUGAGAGGGAACGCGAGCGCAGCCGCGCGUUUGAAGAGAAGAGGCUUGAGGCGCAUCGGAUCGUCGCGCUUAGGAACCAGGUUUCGAGGCGGGGAAGUCCCGCGAGCGCGCCGGCUGCUACUGUGCUUAGGGGCCAGACGCCUGGCGGCGGCGGUGUACCGUCGCCGUUGGGGGAGCAGGCGAGCAGCAGUCCGAAGAAUUAG